GGGGCGCAGCCGCGGGUUAUAGGACACGCAGGGCGCUCGCGGGAGUGUAGCCCUCUCGCAGCCGGACACGCGGGACCUACCCGACCCUCAGCACUGCGCAGGACUCCGCGGGACCCGGAACCUUCCGACAGGGUUAUGGCGGCCGCUCCGGGCGCCCGACUCCUGCGCGCGGCCUGCGCCUCCGUCCCUUUCCGCGGCCUUGACCGCUGUCGGCUGCUGGUCUGCGGGACCGGAGCGGGAACUGCCAUCUCUCCGUGGACCCCGAGUCCCCGCCUGCAUGCAGAGGCCGGGCCCGGCCGGCCGCUGAGCGUGUCUGCGCGCGCGCGGAGCAGCUCAGAAGAUAAGAUAACAGUCCACUUCAAGAACCGAGAUGGCGAGACGCUAACGACCAAGGGGAAAAUUGGCGACUCUCUGCUAGAUGUUGUGAUUGAGAACAACUUAGAUAUCGAUGGGUUUGGUGCGUGUGAGGGAACGUUGGCUUGCUCUACUUGUCAUCUUAUCUUUGAGGAUCACAUCUAUGAGAAGUUAGAUGCCAUUACUGAUGAAGAGAAUGACAUGCUUGACCUGGCUUUUGGACUAACAGACAGGAACCUGGAAGACCCACCUAUUUCCUUCAGCCCAGCAAUUGGUCCCUGACAUCUUUAUUAAUUGAUCAAGAACCAAAUGGGGAGUAGGACCUUAGCAUCAGAACCACCCCAUACAGAUUGUCUCUGUAUUAUUCAAAUGUUGAUUUCUGUGAUGGCAGAGAGUUGAAUGAAGACUGGACUUUGGUAUGGUUCACAUAACUAUAUCAUAUUUUGCAAACACUCUCUCAUCUUCUGAUUGACUUAUUAAAAAGCAGAUGGUCUAUAACAAGGCAGGAAGUAGGAAGUGAGACUUCUGGGAGGAGAUAGGAUCUCCAGGACAGAAUUAGGCACAGGAGAUUCACCACCAAGACAAGUAAGUCAGACAUAUGAAACUAGCCAUGUGGCAGACAUAGAAUAGAAUAAAUAGGUUAAUUGAAUUAUGAACUAGUUGGGGAACAAACCUAGCUUAAGGCCUAGACAUAAAUAAAUAAGCCUCCAUGUCAUUAUUCAGGAACUGGGGCAGACAGAAAAAAACCAAAUGGUUACAAAUGGCACCCCAUGUUUGGUGCCAAAUACUGUUUUUAACAAAAUCUCAAAUGUUUGAUUUUACCAAUGGGAGCCAACCAAUGCUGGGGUGAACUUCGACUUCCUGUGUGUCUCUCUAUCCAUCAUCCUGACUUCCUCUUACUCAUUAUGGUUAUUUUCUAUGUUUACUCUCUGACUGCUGGUUGCUUGCUCUGCCUCUUGACCUAUGGCUGACUUUAUUUAAUCCUAUUUACAAUAAACAGAAAACUCUUGGAUUAAAGGUGUGUGCUAGUGCUAAGCCACACCACAACUAGAAACAGGUUUUUCCAGUAAAUAACACAGUCUUAGGGUUCACAGUGUGAUCAGAAUUCCUUCAACACAGUUCUGUCUCCAGCCUCACCUCUGUCUUAUGGAGGUGAGACUAAUACCUUUGGAAGAGACUGAGAACACCAUACCUUUUUACAUGCAAGCUCAUUGUGUCAGGCUGCUCUGACCCAGAGCUCUUCUCUGUCCUCAUGUGUGCCUGUUCUCCCAUCACUACCUGCAGUGCUCUGCUGAGCCUCACUGAUAGGUGCUUCACUUUGUAAAUUAAUAGUUCCUUGUGGAGUAGCCUUGUCUCACUCAUCAUAUGAGCAUGUGCCGUGUCUGACUAGCUCACUAAGGCCUCCCAAGUCUAAAGUCUAUCUGGAUUGCCUUUUGUUUUGUUUUGGUUUGUGGGUUUUGUUUUGUUUUGUUUUUGGCUCUUGCAGAUAGAGCUCAGUGCAUAAUUGGGUAUUGUCAAGGCUGUUUCUAGUUCUACAAAGAACUACUGAUGGGAGAUGGGUUGAUUUUUUUUUUUUUUUUUUUUCACCCAUCAUCAAAACUCCCUAUGGUUAACCUGGCUUUCUCAUUCUAGGACUCCCUAGUGGUGCCUCACUAUGUCUAAACUUAUGUGUUACCCUGGCGACUUUUAAGCUACAAUUCUCCAUGUAAAUUUUCUCUUUCUCAAAGAAGACUCUGGGGAUUGAAUUUGGGACUUUUGGACAUGAGGCAUGUGUCUAUCACCGAGCCACACCCUAGCCCAUUGCUUGUCUUGUCAGCAAAACUGAAGCAUCUGCCUCAGCUCAGAUGUUCCUUUGAGCCUCUUAUGUCUGUUACCGUGACCUCAAAUGCUCUUCUCAAGCUGGUUUGCCUCUUAUAAAUGUUCAAUCUUGUUUACCCUUCUAGAUACCAUCUAUCCUGGCCAGAAGUAUGGGUGUUUCCUCAAAGGGGUUUUAUUUUUUCUGCUUGUGUGUCAUUUGUCACAGUCUCACAUGCUAAUUAUCAGUGAGUAGUCUCAUCUCAUCUGUCUGAUUGAAAGUUCACUUCAUACUGCUGACAUUGGCAAUUAGUGUCUUCAGCAGCCCUACGAGCAAGCCUUUUAUUCUCCAUUGUGAUGAUCAGGCUAGGAAAUCAUAGAAGUUGCCCUUAAAAAUUCUGUCAGUGCUGCUUUUGAACCAUUGGUCUGUUUGGCUCUGAAUCUUGUGCUUUCCUAUGAAUACCUCUCCUGUGCCCAACAUGUAACAGAUGUUAAUAAGAAAAUAUUGAAUUGAGUUUUCCAUGUAUACCCACUAAUAUACAGUAGUGUAUCUAUUGACAUUUAGUUGUACACCCAUUGACAUUUACCACUUUACCCUUUGACAUUUAGUAGUAGAAAAUUUUACCAUUAUGCGUUCAAUAAAUGUUUGAUGAAUCUAUUAAUGAA